CGGUGUCAUAACCUACAAAAUGUGUUAAUGUGGACAAAUCAAGAAAAGAAUCUAGAUAAAUGUGUAAAAAAAAGUUUCCGCCUUCGUUUUUUCCCCGUUUUUUUUCAGUGAUUUAACUUGUGCACUUAUGUUGAUUUAAUUUUACUGAAUACUCCAUAGAAUACUGUGAAUACUCUAAUGCAAACGGUGAUGGGAAACGUUAUGGUAAUCGUCUGAUUUUCAUUUCUUAUUAAGACUCAAGUCAAGAUUCACUGAAGACUAUCAUGAUAUCCGUUGUCAGUAAGCAGACUGAUACCUCUAAUGUAAAGUGGUCUGCAGUUCAGAUAGCAAGGUUCCUAAGACUUCUCAAAAAGUAUCAAAUCUUGUGGAGGCUCACCGACAAAGAUAGGAAAAGCAAACGCAACCGAGAUGCUGCAUUCCACUCCCUCAUUGUAGAAGCACGCCAACAUGUCGGUCCAAAAGAUUUAGACAUGCUCACAAUGAAGAGCAAAAUGAAAAACCUCAAAACUGUUUAUACCAGGGAACGAGGGAAAGUCCUGAACGCUGAAGCAGUAGGUGAAAAAUAUGUGCCUGGUUUGAGAUGGUAUUCAGUAGCUGAUUCGUUUCUCAGAUACUGCAACAAAGAUGGAGACGUAAAAUUAGAAUCUGUUAAUCUGCUAGAAAUCAUAGAAGAUGAACCUCACAUCGGCUCUACGUCUGACACUGAAAGUGACUGUGAAGUUGCAGCUUCAAAUGACAGGCAACCCUUGUUAGACGAGAAAUCUACUUCCUUAAGUUUUGACAUUGACCAAAGUGGUAAUGUAAAUGUAUCAUCAGAAAAGCACAAUGCAGUCCGUAAAGCUAUAUUGUCUUUCAAUCAUGACUGUCCCUCUUCGGAGGAUCCUCCAAAUCCAAAAUCUGUCAAAAGAAAACAUGAUUCCAGUGCCUCAGAAGAUUUCAGAACCCUAAGGAAUAAUUAUAAUUCUGAAGACAAAUAUUAUGCAUUUGGAAUGUAUGUUGCGGCUGAGUUGCGACAGCUAAAUGAUGAUGCGCAGUUGAAACUUGCAAAGCAUUACAUCAACUCAAUUUUAUUUGAUGCUUCCAUGUCAGCUCUUAUACCUCCUUGACCAAAUGAGACUUCUUGUCUGUGAAAACAAUGUUUGUUUUAAACUAGUUAGGACAUCUGUAAGAGCCAAUGUUCUUUGAGGGUACAUGUCUUAACAAACAAGCUGUAUCAAUUUUGGCAUAAAGCUCCAAAUGAAAGCCAAUUUCCGCUAAACAAAUGUAAAAUGGAAGAAAUGCACUUUGGCAGGUUUAAUAUGAACUGUACUAAAUGAAUGUAGGUAACUAUCGAAUAUAAGUCAAUUGAAACUUGCUUAUUUCUUCCUGUUUCUUGUUUAGCAGCUGCUUUUUCAUGCACUGUAAGAAUCAUUACUGAAGGACAUUUAAUUUGUUUUAAAAUGGAAUGUCAAUGACUCUAAACAAACCCCUGUGCCACGUGCAAUGAAAACCUUAUCAAGCUACAGCCUGAGGUAUGUUAGUUAAGGGGGCGCUUUUUUAUUUUGCCUAAAAUUCUUAACUGAAAAAAUCCAAUUACUCUGUUUAACUCAAAAUUUUCUCAGCCUCCCAAUUUUAUUGGAUUUUGAAUAACUAAGAUAACUAGAUUAAGAAUAGCUUAUAAAGAAAAAUUUAUAGGAAUUGGUCUGUUCACCCAAACAACUCUUACAUGAUCUGAGUUCAGACCGGCGUGAGCCAGGUCAGUUUAUAUCUUUGAUUAUAUAGUUCUGCACUACAAUACGAAAGGAUUUAGAGGAGUAACCAAUCAUCAACUCAAACAAAACAUUUUUUUUGUGUCCUAUUUCCUAUUUGAGAAAAAUGUCUGCUAUUUUCUCAAUUUCUAUUGAAGUGAGAAAAAUUCUAAUUACAUUAAUAGAAAGCUUAAAUGUUCUCAGCUUUUAAGUGGUUUUUUGGUUUGUGUUGCUCUCAUAAACCAUUUGCACAGGGAUUGGAUUUUAUCUGGAUGAGGUCAUCAUAAGUUCUAGAUAAUGUUGGGUAUGUUUUUGUAAGAUAGUGAACUUCAUUUCUCUCGAUAACUGUCUCAAUGAGCAAAAUAGCAACUAAAAUGGCAUAAAGAUAAUGUUUUUAACUUUUAUAAUAGCUAUGUACCAUUUUAACAACGCUUAAGGAAAAAUGCCCUCUCUAAGUUGCCUGUCAGUUAAACAAAACUUAGGGAACCAUUAGAAAGCUACUCAACUUUCAGAAACAGAAUGUGUAAUUGGAUUUCCUUUUCACUUUCACAGGUUGCUUAAAAAAAAAUCCCUUUGUUUUGACAAUGUCCUUGCACGUAAAGACUCAGAUGAGAGGGCAAACGAAGUAAGUAAAACUUUUGAUCUCUUCAAUCUCCUGUUAUAUCUGCCUUUUUAAGGUCAAAGUUUAAUUACUCUACAGGAGAAAGCCCCUGAAACUCCUAACUCAGUCUGGAGUGUGUUUCAUUUGACUUUAUAGAUGUUGCAGCCCCUGAAACAAAAAUCCAGCCAUAAUCUGAAGGACUGAGAGUCCAGCCCUGUGUUAAUUGAUUUCAUUCUUGGUACAUUAAAGUACCUCUGGAUUGGUGGCAUCUGAAGUAUAGGUAAGAGAGAAGAUGAACAUUAAAUUAUUAGUUUGGAGUACCAGGUACAAUCAAUCGAACCUUGUUUUCAAUUAAUUCUUUUUUACUUUCAGGAUUUUAAGUAUAACAGUAAGCAAGAAAUGUUUCCCGAGUGUGACAAAACAUUAAAUUUUAGAUGCUGAAUUCGUUUCAAACUAAGGCAGAUUCGAACUCUAAAAUUUCAUUAUAGCUUCUUGUUUAUUCCAUUAUGGCACUUUUAAGAUUUCUCUCCAGGAAUAGGGUUGAAGAAGUUAAUCAUGAAUUGUUUUUCCACUUCUUAAAUGACUUUGAAAUGCCAAAGUGAAAGACAUUCAUCAAGUGCCAAGAUCAAAACAAGACUAGUUUCAUAGUUUUUCAGCUCUCGAUAAAUUAAUUAAGUGUUCAAUGUGUCCUUUAAAAUUAUAUAGUUAAAAUAUAAGCCCAACCAUUAAAUUAAUAUUCAUCCUGAUAAAAAUGUAAUUCAAUCUUUAAUCAUCAAUUUCUCUCUUCAAGGACUAAUUGCUGAUUAUGUCUCCAUGUUCAUAUUGUAAAGGUGAAAAAGAUUGUCUAACUUUUCAGCCAAGAAUGUCGAAUCAUUUAGCAUUUUUGCUGUGUAGUCAGUAGCGGUGAUAUCUAAUCCCUCAGUGCAAAAGUUUGUUUGUGCAGUAGGUAACAAAUUUUAAAUUUAUCUAAAUUAUUCUCCUGUAUAUAAUCUUUAUUUGUUUUCCUAUUUGUUUUUGUCAUUAUAUUUUUAGUCUCUAUUGUUGAAAAUUGGGUACCAACUGAAAAUUUCUUGGGUUAUUAUUAAAGACUUGUUUUGAUA